CGAGUAGUGACGUCUUAAGCGUCAUCGCGGCUGUGCAGUACAAGCGAGGCAGUGUUUACUUUUCUGUUCGCUAGCAUUUUUUUUGUGACUUUUGACUUCCCUGAAUUUACAAAUGUGAAGUCACCCUAGCUGUGAUGUCUCCAACCAUGCCUCAAAUAAGCGAUCCAAAGAUUGCUUUCGCCUACCUGCGCCCGGCUUGUGUCCUGCUGACCCGCCAGCCAACUGUCAAAAAUGUUGAGACCUUGAGCAGCCAGUUAAAAGACGUUGACGAUGCGACUUUGCAGCAGCUCCAAGAGUACGUUCUCUUCCCGCUUCGCUUCGUACUCAAAGUACCCGGGCCCAAGAAGGACAAACUGGUGCAAGCUGUGGUUGAAACCAUGAGACACGUGCUGCAGAACACUUGCGUUCAGACCUGGGAGACACUCCGUGAGCUUUUCUCAGAGGUUUGUCUCUGCCUGUGUUCCCCAGCCGAUCCUGGAAAACCUGCAGAUAUUGCAGAAGAGCUGAAGUUAACGGUGCUGGGAUGCCUGGAAGCCUUGAUUCAUGCCGCUUAUGGCGAUAUCGUCUUUAAACUCUUUGAAACCGCGAUGCUGCCGGGGUUGGGUGCUGCCAUUUCACUGCUACUGGCGUUAGCAGAGAAGGAGAAGUCCCGAGAUGUUCAGACAGCAGCCUUAAAAGGCCUUCAGGCUUUGACUCUUGAGUGUGAUUGCCGUCAGGAUCAUGUAGUGCCAUGCUCAGAGGAGACUGACGCUUUAGGCAGUAGCAUGGCGUCAUUUUUACCUGGAAUCACAAUGGCCGUUGCCAGGAUCAUUACAGGAGAUGUGAGACAAGGGCAUGCAGUCAUUGGUAGGGCUAUCAAGGUUUGGUCCAGGAUCGUUGGCCUUGUCAUGGACGACGCUCAACUUCAGUCCAUCGAGCCUCAGAAGUCCCCUUUGGUGGAACUGGGCAGACUCGAGCAGCUGAUGGUUCAUCGCACGCAGGACUGGGUAAAGAGCACCUCGGGGAAGCUGUGCAUGCUCCUGAAGAAAAUCAUCGCAAGCACGGUGGCGCAUCAACACUGGAGGGUCCGUCUGGAGGUGGUGGAGUUGGCCGACCACCUGCUGGACAGGUGUAGCCGGUCUUUGGGCGAUUGUGUCGGGCUGCUGCUAGAGGCGCUGGUGGGAGCUGUUAAUGAUGAUGAGCCAAGAGUCAGAGAGAGGUGCGAGGUUGCUCUGAGAAAGGCUUCACAGAAAAAUCAGACAUCUUUGAAUGCCAAAGAUAUACAAAGUAAAAACAAUUGUCAGACCUUCACUGACGUCCUAUCGGAGAACCUCCACUCUUUGUCCACAUCACUGCCAAGACUGAUGCGGACUUGUGAUGACCAGAAGAAGCUGUUUGUCCUUAAUGUCUUCCUGGGUUAUUUAAAACUGCUAGGACCACUGGUGUCUGUGGUCCUGAACUCAGCCGUGCAUCUCGAAAGGAUUUCUAAAGCUCUGAUGCAGGUGCUGGAGCUGGAUGUCAGUGAUGUUCGUAUUGUAGAAGAACGUGGCCACAAUACCAUAAUAGAAACAAGCUCUGGUUCUCAGCACUCCACUCACGUGCGGAGGAAACAUUUCCUCUUCUUCACUGAUGAGAAGAUCUUCUCCGUGCUCACAGAGAUCUGUCGGGCAUUAGGUUACUACGGCAACAUUUAUAUGCUGACAGACCAUUUUUUGGAUCUGUACCGCAAGUCCUCUGUGUACAGGAAGCAGGCCGCAAUGGUUCUCAGUGAGAUCAUCAGAGGUGCUGCUGGCAUUGCUGUUGCUGUCGAUGUAAAGGGUGAAGUUGGAAGACCCUUUGGAAAACCCUCUGCUUCCCAGGAAGACCUUAGAGCUGCUGUGAUGCUGGUCAUGGAGGAAUACAUGACCCUGAACAACUGGCAUCUGAUCACCGUCAGUGAGGAGAGCGACAGGGAUCGACAGGAACAGCAGCUACUAAGCCCGCCCAGCCUCCUUUCCAUAACCAACACUCAUGCCGACCCUCUCCAAGUGGCACCUUCCUCCUUGUCUGCGUCGACCAUCCACCAGCUCAACAGUAACAUCUGGCAGCUGUGCAUCCAACUGGAGGGAGUGGCAUGCUUCGCUCAGGCCUUGGGGGGCGACUUCCGUCCCCUGCUUAUGACAUCACUGUACUCUGUGCUUGAGAAAGCUGGGGAGGAGACGCUACUCAUCAGCCAAGCAGCACUGGAGUCCAUGUGGGAUAUCAGUAAGGCCUGCAACUACUCGUCUCUGAAGGAGAUGAUUAAUGACAACUCUGACUACCUGCUUAAUGACAUCUCCCUCAACCUGCAGAGGCUUAGCCAGCAUCCGCAGGCGCCACGUGUGUUAACGGUGAUGUUGACUCACUGCGACUGCACUUUGCUGCCUCUGGUACGAGACAUCGUUCAGGAUGUGCUGACGGCUCUCGACCUCAGCUACGACCACACCUCCGCUCUCUUCUGCUCUGUACUGCACGCCCUCAUGAAGGCACUUGCAAGGUGGUUUCCCCCCAGUUCCAGCAGGACCAAAGAGUCUGACAGAUCCAAGCAGACCUCCACCGACCAGGAAGUUUUCAAUAUCCGCCAGUUUCUGCUGGACUACCGCAAACAGAAAGACCUGGCGGAGGGCAUUGGAAUCGAGCAAGAUGACGUUGAUGACAUUGAGGUUCCUCCCCCUACCGAGACAGAGGAGGACAAUGACACUGAUGGUCCACAUGUCAAAGUGGAUCUUCCUAUGCACCUCAGCAUCACCAAAGAUGUUAUGGAGCGCUGCAUUCAUCUGCUGUCAGACUCAAAUCUCCGGCUACGACUCAAGGUGCUGGAUGUACUGGAGCUUUGUAUUUGUGUACUGAGUGAGGAGGAAGAUGAGUUAUUGCCCAUGGCCCAUCGAUGCUGGCCCGCCCUCCUGCAGAGAUUGACAGCUGAUGACCCACUAGCUGUCCUCAGAGCAUUUAGGGUGCUGUGUACGUUGGGUGGUACAUGUGGUGACUUCCUGAGAAGGAGAGUCUCCAAGGAGGUUUUGCCAAAGCUGAGCUCCUCGCUUGCACAGCAGGCUUCCAUCAGUGCCAAGGCCGGACCCGUCUACACUCACACUCUGGCCUACAAACUGCAGCUGGCAGUAUUGGAGGGACUUGGGUCCCUGUGCCAGAGCUUGGACCUGGCUGAAGCAGACUUCGACCUUGUUACUGAAGCGUGUCUGCCCUACCUUAGCUGCAGACAACCCAUCAGGCUACAACAGGCAUGCUUGAGUGUUUUCCACCACUUGAUCCAAGUGGACCCAGAUGCCUUCUGGUUCACUUUAAAUGAGCUGCACUGCCCAUCCUCCUACAUCCCAGCACACCCCGACCUGCAGCCCGUGCAGCUGAGCGGGAUGGGCCGACCUAGAGACGAGUACUCGGACAACGUCCUCAAACUGCUCAGAGAGGAGUUUGACCAACCACAAUGAUUGAUUGUGACGGCGUGUCGUCUGUCUAAAUGACUCCUGGCUGGCGGACAUAUCAAUUAAGAAGGUGCUAGAUGUCGUAUGUACUUCUGAAGACUCCAGUGUGAAGACACGACAAUAUCUCGCAACGUUAUCAUGUGUUAUGAGUCCAAUUAUGGCUGUAUUAUUUGUAAAUACCUGGCAUACAAUGAAACACCAUGUGAAAGAGAAGGGAAAUUGCCAUUCCAUGGUCAAUAAACAAGUUACAAUAAACAAGUUACCUUCCGAAUUGA